AUGAUCAGAUCCCAUACUUCAUCAACUGAAGGCUUUUGUUGUCGCGGCUCAUCAGUGUUGAUUGCAAGGCCGGUCACUGAUGGAUGUCCACCAGGGAAUUUCGUUUGGAUGGAUGGAGCAGAGGCGGGUCAAUGCGAUCCAUUCAAUCCACCGAAUGCACCAUGUCCUGAAGGCUUCACUUGUCAAUGGUCGACGGCAAAUCAACGCUAUCAAUGCUGUGGAUCGAAUGCACCGAUCGUGCCCCGAGCUGCUGAUGGAUGUCCAUCAGGGCAAGUAGCUUUCCGAGAAACGGGAACUGUCCGUGUCUGCACUGCCGGGGCAGCUAAUUGCCCGGCUGGUUAUUUCUGUCAAUUCAGCAAUGCCAAUAAUCAGUUCCAAUGCUGUGGUGUUAGCGCUGGUUGCCCUGAAGACGGUGUUGCGUUUAUUGGUUUAUCGGGUGAAGCCGAGAAAUGCGUGGUUGGACAAUCGCAGUGCCCGGUCGGUUUUGCUUGUCUAAGAACAAUGGUCGGACAUCAUACUUGUUGCACAACAAGUCGAAUCGCCAAAACUUGUUCGGAAGAGCAAGUAAUGGUGGAUGGGAAAUGUUUGGAUAGAGCCGAUCCACAGCACAAAUGCGAAUCACCAAUGCAAUGUGCUGGCGGAUCAAUGUGUGUGAACAAUCUAUGCGUUUGUCCGAAAGGUACUGGUCAAGUUGGGCGUUUUUGUCAGAAAGACAUUGAUUGUGGAAAAGGAGAGAUCAUGGCCGGCGGUUUGUGUUUACCAUUAGCGGAUCUCUCCGAGAAAUGCACCGUUCAACAACAAUGUCCCGAUGGUGCAACUUGUGCUCAAGGGAUCUGUGUUUGCAAGCAAGGAAUGGUGCCACGAAAUGACAAAUGUGUGCACAAUCAGGCAAACAAAUUAUCGCAACAUACUUGUGGAAAUCCGUUGUCGAAUGCGUUAACUGAUGACGAAUCGGGAAGAGUCGUUCAGUGUAAACGACUUGGAAACAAUUGUCCGAAAGGU